UCUGCGCAACCGCAACCCUAACGCCUUCUGUUCUCUGUUGAGAGGGAAGACUCCAUCUGAUGGGGAACAACAAGAAGAGAAAGGAGAAGAACCACAAGAAGAAGAAGAGGAAGGCGACGGCCGAGCAGAACCUGGCGCUCAGAUACGUCCACGAGUGGGCCUUCCGCGACUCUCCUCCUGCUUCUCCCGCCGGCGACGCUCCGGAUGAUUUCGCGCCGCAAUCAAGUCAUAAAAUCGUCGAUCCUGUCGUGUUCGAGCUCCACUGCCAUUCCAACCACAGCGACGGCUUCCUGUCGCCGUCUGCUGUGGUGGAGAGAGCCCACAGCAACGGGGUGAAGGUUCUUGCUCUUACAGACCAUGAUACCAUGGCUGGCAUACCAGAGGCCACAGAAACAGCCCAGAAAUAUGGGAUGAGGAUAAUUCCUGGUGUUGAAAUAAGUGCAAUAUAUUCUCCACGGCACGAACCUGGAGCUGGUGAUCUUGUCCAUAUCCUUGCAUAUUAUGGAAGCUCUGGGCCUUCAAGGCCUGAAGAUCUGGAUAACUUGUUGUUGAACAUCAGAGAUGGGCGCUACCUUCGUGCGAAGAAUAUGCUGCUGAAGUUAAAUAAGUUGAAAGUUCCUAUUAAGUGGGAACAUGUGACCAAGAUAGCAGGGGAUGGGGUGGCUCCAGGGAGGGUACAUAUUGCUAGAGCAUUGGUUGAAGCUGGUCAUGUAGAGAACUUGAGAGAAGCUUUUAACAGAUAUCUGUAUGAUGGUGGUCCUGCUUACGCCAUGGGCAAUGAACCAUUUGCAGAAGAAGUGGUGCAGUUGAUUUGUCAGACUGGGGGUAUAGCUGCUCUGGCCCACCCAUGGGCAUUGAAGAACCCAGUCACCGUGAUUAGGAGCUUGAAAACUGCUGGCCUCCAUGCCAUGGAGGUAUAUAGAAGUGAUGGGAAGGCUGCUGGAUUUGGUGAGUUAGCUGAUACGUACAAGCUUAUAAAACUUGGAGGAUCAGAUUAUCAUGGGAGAGGUGGUCAUGAUGAGUCUGAGCUGGGGACUGUUAGCCUUCCACUUGCAACCGUAUAUCAGUUCUUGAAGAUGGCUCGGCCCAUCUGGUGCAAUGCUAUGAAAGAUAUCCUACAAAGUUUCGCAAAGGAUCCUUCUGAUGCUAAUAUAGAGAAAAUCACAAGGUUUGGGAUACCAAAGAAAUCAAAAGUGUGUCACACUGUUAAUUGUGGUAAAGACAUCGUUGAUCUAUGCCUGUCCUCUUGGCUCACCAGUGAUGAAAAGGAGGAAAACGAAUUCCAGGCCAUCAGGCUGAUGCUUGCAGACACUCUCAUUAGCAAUGGGGUAGUGAAAGUUUUUGGCUAAGCUGAUGGCUUCUGGCAGUAAAUUCAACGGCAUUGUUGAUGUAGUCCAGUGUAGAGGCAUUUUACAUUUGUCAGCUGGGUGACGUUUUCGGAUCACAUUUUACAUGUAUGUUGGACAAGAAGAUAUCAAAAGGGCAAAUACUUUUAUAUACUAUAAUUUGGCAUUGCCAGUGACAUUA